AUGCCACGGGGCCCCGAGGCCCCGGUGCUGGUGUGGGUGGACGGCCAGCUCUUCCAGGCCGACCAGACCCUGCUGGUGGAGCACUGUGGCUUCUUCCGCGGCCUCUUCCGCUCCGGCAUGCGGGAGACGCGCGCGGCCGAGGUGCGCCUGCGAGCGCUGAGCGCGGGCGGCUUCCGCACCACGCUGCAGGUGCUUCGCGGCGAGCGGCCGGCGCUGUCGGCCGCCGAGGAGCUGCUGCAGGCCGUGGAGUGCGCCGCCUUCCUGCAGGCGCCGGCGCUGGCGCGCUUCCUGGAGCACAGCCUCACGUCUGACAACUGCGCGUUGCUGUGCGACGCGGCCGCCGCCUUCGGCCUGCGCGACGUGUUCCACAGCGCGGCUCUCUUCAUCUGCGACGGCGCGCGCGAACUGGCGGCUGAGCUGGUGCUGCCCGAGGCCCAAGCCUAUGUGGCGGCGCUGCGGCCCAGCAGCUAUGUGGCCGUGAGCACGCACACGCCCGCUCCCGGCUUCCUGGAGGACGAGUCACGGACGGUGUGCUACCUGGACGAGGAGGAGGACGCGUGGCGCACGCUGGCCGCGCUGCCCCUGGAAGCCAGCACGCUGCUGGCAGGCGUGGCCACGCUGGGCAACAAGCUCUACAUCGUGGGGGGCGUGCGGGGCGCCAGCAAGGAGGUGGUGGAACUCGGCUUCUGCUACGACCCCGAAGGCGGAACGUGGUGCGAGUUCGCCAGCCCGCACCAGCCACGCUACGACACGGCGCUGGCCGGCUUUGACGGCCACCUCUACGCCAUCGGCGGCGAGUUCCAGAGGAUGCCCAUGAGCUCCGUGGAGCGCUACGACCCGGCCACGGGCUGCUGGAGCUUCGUGGCCGACCUGCCACAGCCGGCUGCCGGCGUGCCUUGCGCCCAGGCGUGUGGUCGCCUUUUUGUGUGUCUGUGGCGGCCGGCCGACACCACGGCCGUGGUGGAGUACACGGUGCGGGACGACAUGUGGCUACCGGUGGCCGAGCUGCGGCGCCCGCAGAGCUAUGGCCACUGCAUGGUGGCCCACCGUGACAGUCUCUAUGUGAUACGCAAUGGACCCUCUGACGACUUCCUACACUGUGCCAUCGACUGCCUCAACCUGGCCACGGGCCAGUGGACGGCACUGCCUGGCCAGUUUGUCAACAGCAAAGGAGCGCUCUUCACGGCGGUGGUGCGCGGUGACACUGUCUAUACCGUCAACCGCAUGUUCACACUGCUCUAUGCCAUCGAGGGCAGCACCUGGCGACUACUCAGGGAGAAGGCCGGCUUCCCACGACCCGGCUCCUUGCAGACUUUUCUCCUGAGGCUGCCUCCUGGUGCCCCGAGGCCUGUGGCCUCAACGACGCCUGAACUGUGA